UGAUCUCCAACUCAUAGAGAUCCACCCGUCUCUGCCUCCCAAGUGCUGGGAUUAAAGGCAUGCGCCACCAACUGCCCAACUGAAGAGGCAUUUCUUAACAUUUUUUUUACUCAGUAAUUUGAAUUUACUAUUUCUUAUUUCACAUCCUUAUUUUUCAAGGUACUAAGUCUAAGUUUUCCUGUAUUUGAAAGUCCUCGUAGGCUGAUAAUAUGAAUCAGAGGUAGAGUGCUUGCCUAGCUUCAUACGUUAAGGAGCUUCGGUUGCCAGUAUCAUUUAUAAAAACUCAAACCAAGUCAAAAUGGCCGUGUGGCUUUAUGUUUUAGUGAUGACAGAGAUGACGGCCAGCACAAGCAAAUUUCUUUAUAAAAGAAACAAUUGUAGCUACAUAUUUUUGCGCUUGCCUGUAACUCCAGCUCUUAUGGGACUGACGUGGGAAGGCUGUAGAUUCAAGGCUACCCUGGACUACAAAAGGGAGUUCCAGGCCAGCCUGAGCAGUAUAGGGAGACUGUUUCACAAAGCAAGAGAAACAACAAUGCAACCAUGUCAUAAUUCCUGAGACACAGACAAGGCAACUCAUGAAGUCAUCGAGUUUUGGAUACCUUCUCUCCAUACAUUUCUUUAAUAUUCUAUUUUUAAAACAUGCCCAGUAUGUAAAUAAUUACAGAAUAUAACAUAAGAAUUAAUAAAAUCCUUCCUAUUCCUUUCAAUGCCAUGCUUAUAGAAGUAAACAAUAUUAAAAUUAAUGUCUAUUCUUCAACAUCUACUCUUUUAGAAAUACAUGCAAAUAGAAAUAAAUAAUAUAUAUGUUUAAAAAAUACAUAAAUGGGGCUGGAGAGAUGGCUCAGGGGUUAAGAGCAUUGCCUGCUCUUCCAAAGGUCCUGAGUUCAAUUCCCAGCAACCACAUGGUGGCUCACAACCAUCUGUAAAGAGGUCUGGCACCCUCUUCUGGCCUUCAGGCAUACAGACAGAAUAUUGUAUACAUAAUAAAUAAAUAAAUAUUUAAAAAAUAUGAAAAAAUACGUAAAUGUACAUAUAUGCAUACACGAAUGUCUCUUGAUUCCUUUCUUUGUCCCUUCCUUCCUUCUUUCCUUCCUUUCUUUCCCUCUCUCUCCUCUUUCUCAAGAUUCAUAAUAUGUUCAUAAUAGAUUCUUUUUACUUAAUAUGCCAUUGACUUUUCUUUGAAAUUAGUUGUUUGUGAUUGUGACUAUACAUUGGAAUCACCAAGGAGAGUUGAGCUAAUUGUUUGAGGUGAGCCUGGACAUUAAAAUUUGUAAAAAUAAUUUAAGUAGCUCUGAUCUGUAGCCAUGUUGAGAAGCACUGACUUAGGUUACUAUGCAUAAAACAAAUUCAUUAAUGGUUCCACUGUAUCCCACAUUGUGUCUGUACUAAAAAUUGUUUAUUUAUAGGGAUCAGCAGUUAAGAGCUACUCUUCUGUAGGACCAGAGUUCAAUUCCUAGCACCCACAUGGCCGCUCCCAGUUGUCGGUAACUUCAGUCCCAGGAGAUCUGACAUUCUUUGGUGGUCACCACCAACACAGACACAGACAUACAUCCAUACCCCUAAAAUAAUAAGAUAAAACCUAAGAAACUUUAGAAGCAUCAUUUAUUUCUGUAUUGAUAAGUAUUGUUUGUUUCAAAUACCCUGUUUUGCUAAAAAGUAUUCCUUUUAAAAUUAAUUUUACAUCUUGGUCACAGUUUCCCUCCCUUUUCUCCUUCCAAUCCCUCCCCCCACAUCCCUCUGUUCCCACCCCCAGUCCACUCUGUUUCUGUUCAGGAAAGGGCAGGUCUCUUAUGGGUAUCAACAAAUCAUGGCAUAUCAAGUUGUAGUAAGACUAAGCACCUCUCCAUGUAUUGAGGCUAGGCAAGCAUUCCAUUAUGAGGAGUCGGAUUCCAAAAGCCAGUGAAAGAGUCAGAGACAGCCCUGCUCCCACUGUUAGGAGUCCCACAGGGGGAGCAAGCUAUACAACUGUCAGACACAUGCAGAGAGUGUACGUCAGUCUCUUGCAGGCUCCCUGGUUGUGGGCUCACUCUUUGGGAGCCCUUAUGAGACUAGGUGAAUUGAUUCUGUGUGUUUUCUUGUGAUGCCCUAGGCCCUUCUUGCUCCUACAAACAAAUGUUUCAAUAAGCAUGUAUCUUUAGUUACUAAUUGCCAGUUUCCUUAGUCCUAUGAAAUGCAGUCUUAAAACAAAGAAAAGAAAAAAAAAAGAAAUGCAGUCUUGAAAAUGGGAUUCUUUGGUCUAGAAGGAUAGACAUUAAAAUUCUCAUUGGUACUGCCAACUUAUCUCUCACAAAAGGUUUUAAGAAUAUUGGCUUUGAGUAACAGUAUGUAAAGAACAAUCAGGUUUUCUUGCUUUUGUGGAUGGGACAAAAAUGAAUGUAUUUGGUUUUAGUCUUUAACUUCCACUGAAGUUGAGUGACUUUCACUUAGACAUACUUGUCAUUUGUGAUUCCUUUCCUGUGAUCUUUGGGUUUAUAUUCUUUGCUCAUUUUCAAUUUGAUCCCUUGUCUUUUACUAUCAAUUUUAAGGGUUUUUUUUUGAAUAAGAGAAUAGUCUCCUCUUCUGUAAUAUGUGUUCUGCCAUUUUCCCAUCUUCUCUUUGUUUUUUGCUAACUUACAUAGCACUACCAUCUACCAAGAUGUUGAGGGAAUUUUCUGUCGAGUGCCACCCCUCUGUGCUGUCUCAACAGUUGCCAUCAUCAUUCCUGAGCUGGAUGCAAGUCUAGUCACGCUUCACUGCAUUCAUUCAGACUCCCCAAUCCCAAUCACAUGACCGUUAGGUUGCUUCAGAUAGUGCUAGGCUAACUAUCCCCCCACCUUUAGCUUUUCCUGCAGUUUGGACACUGUAAGAGAUUACCUUACCAUAAGUGAAAUAUUUGAAUCAGUUUCAUUUUUUGAUGAUUUGGGCUGAUUAUCUUAUAGUUUAUGGUUGUCUAACCAGCAGGAACAAUUAGGAGCAAUGUGAUAGUAUUUGUAUGUAAUAUUUCCUGACAGAAAAGUCAUAAUACAGAAUCAAAACAAUUAUAAUUGUGGCCUAAUAGUUCUAUUGUGAGGGAAUGAUUGAUUCACAAUGCCUAAGAAGUUAUUUUAGUACAAAUAAAAUGGUUUUGGAAACCUACAGUGUACAAGGCAUCUGAAAAGUGCUGUAAGAGGUAAAUCAUGUGGUUAUUACUUUUUGAAAAAUUAGAAGUUUUAUACAAUUAAAAUCUAAUUACGUUAUUUUCCCCCUUCCUUUUCCUCCUCCUAUUCCCUUCCAUAUACCAUCCCUUGCUCCCUCUCAAAUUCACGGCUUCAUUUUCUUUAGUUAUUAUCAUAUAUAUCUAAUUUAUGUAUAUAUACAAUAUUUAUAUACAAAUAUAUACAUACAAAAGUAUGUAAAUGCAACCUGUUCAGCCUAUUGAAUGUUAAGUGUUACUUGGGUAACUUGAAUAACCACUUAUUAUCGGAUAACCAAAUAGAGGGCUCAGCCCUGGGGAAGACUAUUCACUCUCAGUGUUUCUUAGUUACCUGUAGUUCUUUGUUUAGGGCUGGGCCCUGUGAACCCCCCUUCCUUGUUAGUGGCUCUAUUGGCAUUGUACUUUUCAGGUCUUGUUUAGGUAGCCAUAUUGAUGUAUUAUGGGUGAAGCUUCCCUGUCAUUUUUAGGUGAAACUAUCUUUUAACAAGUUUUUCUGGUCCUCUGGUCUUUACAAUCUUUCUAUCACUUCUGUACUUUUAAAGAAAAGUUUAGUUAAUGAGAAUAAAACUAAAUUUCCUACUUUCGGUAUAAUAAAAUAAUUAUGGAAAAGAAACAGGCUUUUAUUGAAUCAGGAGAGUUUUCCUAAAGUCAGUGCUUUGGAAUAAUAAAAAAGAAACCAAGUAAAAAAUGAAUAGUAUUUUAAUGCCCAUAAAAGGACCCCAUACUGGACAAAACAAAAGACUGUUAAGUUUUUGAAGGUCGCUUAUCUUAAUAGCAAAAGUCAAAUAAAGAGUAGUUUUAGUUGGAGUUUUACGGCUUUAGAAUUCUAAUCUGAUACUAUUGGUGAAUUAUUCUAAAUAAUAAUAAUAAUAUUUACCUGAAAAUAGCCAGGUAAAUAAAAAGUAAGGAUUUCGGAUAACUUACCUAUUUAUGCUAAGCCUCAUAAGAAAACAGUCAUUUUAAUCACUUUAUUCCUGUGUUACUCAGGAUAAUUUACCCCACCCAGAUCCUCUGGAACACUCAUUAGAUGGGCGCUCUAAACCAAACAAGAGUGACGGAGUUUGUCUUCCUGGGCCUCACUGACAGCUCGGUGUUGGAGAUUCUGUUUUUCAUACCAUUUACAGUAACUUACAUACUAACUCUUCUGGGGAACAUUGUCAUUGUUGUUACCAUAGUCUUUAGUCCACGUCUCCACACUCCCAUGUACUUCUUUCUGAGCAAUCUGUCCUUCAUCGAUGUCUGCCACUCAUCCGUCACUGUGCCCAAGAUGCUGGAGGGGUUGCUUUUGGAGAGGAAGAGCAUUUCUUUCGACAACUGCAUCACACAGCUUUUCUUCCUACAUCUGUUUGCUUGUGCUGAGAUCUUUCUGCUGACAGUCAUGGCAUAUGACCGUUACGUGGCUAUCUGCAUUCCUUUGCGCUACCCUAAUGUGAUGAACAUGAAGGUCUGUGUACAGCUUGUCUUUGCACUGUGGGUGGGGGGCACAGUUCAUUCGCUUGUGCAGACCGUCCUGACUAUUCGUCUCCCCUACUGUGGCCCAAACAUUAUUGACAGCUACUUCUGUGAUGUGCCUCCUGUCAUCAAGCUGGCCUGCACAGAUACAUACCUCACAGGGAUUCUGAUCGUGUCCAACAGCGGAACCAUCUCCCUCACCUGCUUUCUAGCCUUGGUCACUUCCUACACUGUAAUCCUGUUUUCUCUUCGAAAACAGUCAGCCGAAGGUCGUCGGAAAGCCCUGUCCACCUGUUCCUCCCACUUCAUGGUGGUUGCCCUGUUCUUUGGGCCAUGUAUCUUCCUCUACACUCGGCCAGACUCCAGCUUUUCCAUUGACAAGGUGGUCUCUGUCUUCUACACAGUGGUCACCCCUUUGUUGAAUCCUCUCAUUUACACUUUGAGGAAUGAGGAGGUGAAAAAUGCCAUGAAACAACUCAGGCAGAGACGAAUUUGCUCAUGAAAUCGUGUGUGCGGGGAGCAUUGUGAUGACAGCAACAGUUGUGGCUGCACCUUUAUUUAUUUAUUUAUUUAUUUAUUUAUUUAUUUAUUUGAACAAUGUUUCUCUGUAGCUCUGGAGCCUGUUCUGGAACUAGCUCUUGUAGACCGAGUUGGCCUCAAACUCACAGAGUUCCACCUACCUCUGCCUAGUUCUUAAACACUGAGACAUCUCUACAGUCCUGGAAAUUUAUUUUCCUAAUAAAAUACACAGAUUGAGCUAAACAUUUUGAUAAAAUUUAUUCUAUUUUUUUUUGUGGUUUAUCCAGUCACACUGGACUCUGUCUACCUCAAAGUUGCAACGAUUUUUGGUUGCAUUAUCUUACAAAUUGUAAAGUUUUAGCUUAUAUUCUAGGCAUAUGAUCUCUUUGGGGUUUUGCUUUAGUAGGAAAUAAGUUUUAAGAUUAAUUUUAUUCAUCCACUGUUGAAAUAAGGAGCGGCGGCGGGGUUGCGUCCCCAACACCCCGGCCUCUUGGCUAGCUCAUGCCCGAAAUAACAACACGCAAACUGUAUUCAUUUAAGAACUGCUUGGCCCAUGAACUCUAGCCCUUACAGGCUAAUUCUCGCACCUGGACUAGCCCAUUUCUAAUAAUGUG